UAUAUUUCAUUUCUUCCAUUGUAUCCCCCUUGCAGUUAUUGUUUGCUGGUGGUGUAGGAUUAUACUUCAGUGCCAUACGAUCAGAUGCUUACCAAGGGAGCAUCAAAAUAUUCGCUGUUAAGGCUGGAUUUUUCACCUUAUCGGUUAUCUGCCUCUUUGUGAACACCAUAGCCAGUGCCUUCUGUGGCAUUCAGGGGAAUGUCAUCAAAACCAUGCUUGAUUCCGACUCUGCCUGCAAGAUCAUAGACAAUGGAUGCCAGUGCACCAGAUCUUCUGACGACGGCUUCGGGCGCGUCUACAUGUACCUUGAUGUCUUAGACUGUUCCAGCUUCCUCCUCAACCUCCAGACCUAUCUCUACAUACAGUGCGCCCUCAACGCGAUAGGCGGAGCCGCCUCCUUCAUGGUGGUCAUUCUCCUGUGGCGGAGCCGCUACAUGGACUUCCACUCCGGCCUGCGCUUCUACUCCUACAGCGCCGCCAUCCCCAACCGCCCGUGGUCGGACCCGAGCACGCCCCCGUACAUGUCACACGUCAACGCCAACGGAAACGCCAAUCAUCAAACAGUAGACUGCACCUUCACUUUCGAGCAACAGAGGUGACAUAGGGCUGCGGUAGAUAGUUUGCCAUUCCAACGUGUCUUCUGUAUGGGUACCGUGGUCAACAUGGCCAAUUUCUUAAGAGGUCAGAUGUCAAAUGACGUCAUCCACGAGACUUGGUCCUUGUUUUUCAAGCUUGCACACAAGGUUACAUUCUUUCUCUGCGAUGUAACCAAUCCACUUUUACCAGACCAAGUGCAAUUUGAGAAUUUGACAUUGCAGUUAUUUUCAAUGUACUAUUUUCCAGGGUGAUGCUAGAAUGUAAACUUUGAUUUUUCAUUUAUCAUUUUUCAGGGAGCACUUUUUUGUCAGUGGAACAAUAUAUUCCAAAUACUUUCUUUUUCAGAGUUUAUCAUUUUAAUUCUACAUAAUAUAACUAUACACUAUUGUAUAAUUAUCAAAUUACCUUAAACUUUGAGUUGAGUAUAACUUAGGUAUAACUUAAUCUAUACUAAAAUGAGUAAUAUUAUGGAUAACAUUAUUGGUUUUAUAUAAUUAUGGUUUAUGCAAAUUAUUUCAUUUUCUCAUAUAAAUACAAAUAUGAAGAUAGGCUGCUUUGGGAUGUUUGUAUCUAUUGGCCUGCAAUUACGGUAUGAUGUGUGAAUAUAUUAUUCUUUUUUAUUGACUGAAGUUUCAUUGUCAAACAUAAAGUUAUAUGAUUAUACUGAAACUGGAUGUAUAUUUGUAGUAAUAUUAUGCAAUAAUCUAUUGUUUGAAGAUUUUGUUAUAUUCUGUGUGUAUUUUGGCUGUCAUAUUUAUGUUUAAUUCUGCUCAAUGUUGAGUUCAUAUUCAGCUCUCUAUCCAAACUUCUACAUUUCUAAAAAUGAUAUAAGCCUAGUUCACAUAAUUGAGACAUUAAUUGCCAUAAUUUUGCUUAUAUCUGUUCCAUUAUAAAGAUAAGAAAACAUAAUCAAAUAAUAGAUCAAAAGCAAACUGGAAAGUUUUAUUCAACAAAGAACAACUUUUCUCUUGCAUGUUAUAAAUGCCUUGUAGCAAACAAUGUGUUUCUAGAAAGCUCACAGGUUUUUGAAGUCAAAUUAAAGUUAAAGGGUACUCCAGGCUGACAAUACAUAUAUCUAAAUAAAGUAAAAUUCACAGAGUAAAACGCUAA